UUGUUUGACAGCCUCCCGUACCUAAAGUCCUGUACAAGGAUGUAUGAUGUUUUAUCAGUUCCAUUUGGGACUUGGGUUGGAGGUGACAGCUCUAUUCUUCGCUUCAAAUGGUCUGAACCAAAUUGUACCAAAUGUGAAGCAGAUGGCAAGAGGUGUAGAUUGAACAGGAAUGGCAUCAAAAGUGAAGUUUGAAUGUAUUCACUUGAGGAAAGCAAGCAAAACAAUGGAAUUCGUGGCAACGGGUGCAACGCUGGGUUCAUCCCUUCUUUUAGUACUGGUCAUUGCAGUGUAUCGUGUCUAUAGCGCUGAUCAAAAGGAAAAAGAGAAUCAACUGAAAAUCGAAAGGUUUUUACAGGAUUACAAAGCUCUCAAGCCAAGCAGAUAUUCAUACGCAGAUAUUAAGAGGAUCACAAAUCAAUUCAAGGACAAGUUGGGCCAAGGAGCCUAUGGAACUGUAUUUAAAGGAAAGCUUUCUUCUGAAUUCUUUGUUGCUGUGAAAGUACUUAACAAUUCUAAGGGAAAUGGGGAAGAGUUCGUAAACGAAGUGGGAAUGAUGGGCCAUAUCCACCACGUCAACGUAGUUCGCUUGGUUGGCUUUUGUGCUGAUGGAUUUAGACGAGCUCUUGUUUAUGAGUUCUUCCCCAAUGGUUCGCUGCAGGAUUUCAUUUCAUCAGCGGAUAGUAAGAACAGUUUCCUUGGUUGGGAAAAGUUGCAUGAUAUUGCAGUAGGCAUAGCCAAAGGAAUUGAAUAUCUUCACCAGGGAUGUGAUCAACGAAUCCUCCAUUUUGAUAUCAAACCCCAUAAUGUUUUGCUAGACCACAACUUCACUCCAAAAAUUUCUGAUUUUGGUUUGGCCAAAUUAUCUUCCAAGGAUCAAAGUAUAGUGUCAAUGACUACCGCUAGAGGCACCUUGGGAUACAUUGCACCUGAAGUGUUCUCUAGGAAUUUUGGAAAUGUGUCUUACAAGUCAGAUGUCUAUAGUUUUGGAAUGUUGUUGCUAGAGAUGGUAGGAGGAAGGAAGAAUAUUGGUUCAAGCACAAAGAACACAAAUGAAAUUUACUACCCAGAAUGGAUCUAUAAUCUUCUAGAAGGAGGAGAUGACCUACGAAUCCAUAUUGGAGAUGACGGAGACGGUAAAAUCCCGAAGACACUUGCAAUUGUAGGGCUCUGGUGCAUCCAGUGGCACCCGGUGGAUCGUCCGUCUAUGCAAAUAGUGGUUCAUAUGUUAGGAGGAGGAGUUAACUUGGCCAUGCCUCCUAAUCCUUUUGUCUCUGCGGGUCCUACAACAACGCAUGCAAGCAUCCCAGCAAGACGCCUAGAGUUAGAAGCGAUUCCGGAAUUAGAGUAAAAUGUAUAUGUAUACGUAUCAAUGUAAGUAACAUUAAGGCCGCCUAAUAUUAACUACAUAUGUUCUCGAACUUGUUGAAUAUGUAA